AUGCAGCUGUCCCAGAGCGCCCACUUCGUGCUCCAAUGCCCCUACGUCACCUUCGGCCUGGACGACGUCUCGAACUUCAUCGAGAGCGUCCGCGUGUCGAUCGCCCAGUCGGGCGACGGACCGCGAACGCGCUCCUGGAGCCAGAUCAUCCCGAACUCGCAGGUGAUCGUGGUCCCCUCGCCCCCCGACAAGCCUCACCACUGGACCAUCAAGCUGUUCCUCACACCGAGCGAACUCAUCGUGCAGACCCUGCUCUCACUCGGAUCCCUCAUGGGACUGCUCCUCUGCAUCGUCGCGUUCCUGCACUGGAGGGAGAAGAAGCAGGAUCGCCGCGACCGAAUGAGGGAGAUGAAUCGGUUCAGCUUCUGA